ACAAUCUCCAUCUUCUUCGUCCUUCUCCACCCGAUUGAUUCGCACCUUCCUCCAUCUUCUCAACCCGUCACCAAUUUCGGCAGCUGUCAUCGAUUAGCCAGUCGCCACCACACUCAUCUUCUCCGACCUCCAACAGUGUCGGCAAUCACUGCCGAUGCCCCACAAUCCACUUCCGUGGGAUGCCUUUCCUCUCUUACUUGAUAGUCGAUUCACAGGUAUAUACAAAUUGGGCUAAAUAGAUUGAAGUUGACGCAAGCUUGGAAGAGAAAAGAAAAAUAGAUGUAGGCAGAAUUGGCCCAAAGAAAGAAUAAAGCUGCAAUCAGUUCAUUUUUAUGUGGUUGAUGAAGAUGAAUAGGGUCCUUGUCUUCAGAUCAUCAUCACUAUCACCAAUAAAUAUGCUGAUGAUGAUAAUUGAGGUGAAACUGCCAGGUAUUUUUUGUCAUCGUGGAAUCGCUAGCGGUAACCCUUCUAGUAGACCUCUUCAUUACCAGUCAUUGCUUUACAUUCCUUUGGAUGAAUAUCCUCAUCACGCUGCAGCUAAUGCGUAUAUAAAGUCAAUGACUUUGAAGUUUUUUAGGCAUCCAAGUUGCUGCUAUGCCCAUACAACAGAUUUCACCUUCACAUUGUUGGCUGGUAUCUUCAAGCGGGGUUUUGCCCUUGAUACGGUUUUGAUAAACGCUUUGAUUCAGCGUCUCUUUGGCAUUGGUUUGGAAGAAGAUGCUUAUGACUUAUUCAUCAUGUUAACAAAAAAAACUUGUUUCAACCCAAUGCUGACACAUUCUUAACACUAUGUUUGUUUGGAGGUAGGGGGAGGUAGCGAGAGGUAGAUUAAACUUUCUACCUUGUUUGGUAACAAAAAUUGAAAUAGGUAAAGAGAAGUAAGGGGAGGUAGGGAGAGGUAGGGUUACCUCUGAACAGUGUAUUUUGGAUGACCGCCAAUUUGGCGAAACAUCGAGGUAAUCAACUAUCCGCUACCCUUCGGCCUUCACCCAAUCGCACGAAAAUCAAUCAGCAUCUUCCCAUCGCCAUCGCCAUCUUCUUCCGGUUCCUAUUGCCAAAGGUAUUCUGAUCGUCAUCUUCUUCUGGUUCAAUGUUCACUUUUUUUCAAUCUGCUCUGCUUCGCCAUAAAUUUCAAUUCCGCUGCGUAGUUAAUUUUUUUUGUUUCAAUUUCGAUCGCCAUGCUCCUUCGCAGCUCAAUUCAGAUAAGCUUUACAUACUCCGUACUUGUUUUGUUCUGCUAUGGUGGCGGCUAUACUCUUCAAUUUCUAUAGCCAUCUCCUUAA